GUUUUUAAUGUUGGCAAUUAGCUGCAAUUGAGAAAUAAGGAUCCGAGAGACAGUAGAGGGUUAAUCCGAAUGGCUCGCUGAACCGAAAGUGGGCCUGGGGCUGAAGCCGCGAAUGAGGUUUGUGGGACGACCCUUCUUCAAAGGAGAGAAUCCCGCUGUCGAUCGCAACACUCCAAAGAAUGGCAGCACACGGGUGGAUCGUAUUCCUAGCAAUUCUGGGCAUCGCCUGGGCAGGCCGCCACCAUAACCAACAAAGUAGCAUCGAGAAAUUGCUGGCAGCUGGACUGAUCGCAAAGGCUCUUGCUAAAGGUGGGGAGGAAGGAGGAGGCGAUGGUGGUCAUCAUUACAUGCCCGUGCAUGUGCCGAUACAUCACCAUGGACACGUGCACGGGAGGGACGCUGGAAGUUCCGCUGCAGCUUCUCACCAUCAUCAUGUACACCACAAAUAUGUACCAAUUCCGGUGAAACAUCACACGAACUUCAUCAUUGCUCAUCAUAAGGUGCCGGUUCCUAUUGUCAAGACGAAAGUAGUUCAUGUUCCUGUCCAACAAACGCGCAUCGUACCCAUUAUUGUGCACAAGGAUCAGCCCCCGCACCGCCCAGAUUACCACACGCUAGCAUCUGAAGACAGGAAGGUGCGGGUCACCAGCCUGGGUACAUUGCGUUCCAACGGAACGGCGCCCCUGCAGUUUCAUCGUCCAACCGGAAGCCCCGACAAAUGGAUCGUAGUUGUGAAAAGCAAGAGACGACGGCCUCAUGGAAGGAAAAGCUGAAAACUCACUUUUCCAUAACCUUUACUCACAAAAUACCAGCACAUCCUCUCCUUCAUAUUUCGACAAU